GAGACUAGUUUCAUCUCCGAGAAACAUCAACAUUGUAACCCGGGAAAGGCGGCUUCAUAGGCGGGUAGCGGCAUUUCUUUGAAGGGAAUCAUAUAACUAAGCUUGAUAUAUGGUUGCUCGAAUAAGCACUGAAAUAAUGGGUGCAUGUUCCCGGAAAAAGUUGAUAGUUUAGUUGGUUCAACUACUGGCUAACAUUGGUUUGCUAGCGUUGGCUGGCUAACUACAGCAAACAGAUAGCUGAACGAAACUAAAGGAGGAGUCCAGAGAAGUUGGGAUUUUCUUAUCAUGAGGACAUCGGCGUGAAUGUGGACAUCUAAAACCGCUGGCUUGGUUCACUAAAGGUGAAUGGGAGAGAUGAGGAGCAGCAGGAGGACUGAGACAUCUCUUAAAAGUUCCUCCAGACUGCUUAAUGAUCACAAUAUUGGAACAGAGCUGACAACUGCAUGGAAAAGUUUGGCUCAGUCCAAAGCUGCUCUGCGGCACAUAGAAAACCGUUUAGAAGUGACAGGCGGUUUUCUCGACUCAGUCACUGACUCACCAAAGAAGAAGUCCUCCAGGACAUCAGGCUACAGGGGGGGACAGCAAGCUGAUGACCUUGAAAGGUCUUCAAAAUCUUGGGGGGAAAGUCAGCAGAGUCCAGUAAAAAGCAGUUCUCGCAGCCCCUUGAGAAAUACCACCCACGACAGCAAUGUCCGUAAGAACACCAGCGUUGAGUUCAGGGAACCACUGGCCUCGUACAGAGAGGCCACCCCUCCACCACAUCCUUUCUCUCAGCUGGAGGCCUACAAUCUGCAAUCAGUGCCAGGGUCUUCAUGCCCAUCCUCUCCACCUCACUCAGAUCCUCAGUCCAGCCACCUGGUCUACGAGAGAGGAACCAAGGACAUACAAACGGACAGGGACUUGGACAGCACACGCUCCUCUGCUCUGGAGAGUACAGAGGUGCGUUAUCUCAAUGACCAGCCAGCCCUGGAUGUCCUGAAGACAGAGGAAAGCAAUUUCAAAGCACAACUUGUUAUGGAUAGCCAGGAGUCAGGCCCAUACCUCACUCCCAAUGCAGGCUCCUCACACCGACGGGAAAGCACUCCAUCCACAAGCCCUGGUUCAGCAUCCCAGCGAUUAGAGAACCUAAAGCGACAUCAGCCAGAUGAUAAGUUGGAGAAGCUCAAAGAGCGCAUUCGAAGACAGAGGCAACAUCUAGAAGAGGAUGCAGAGAGAGAGAGAGUGCAGGGUCAUGUGGAACAGCCCAUAGUAGCAACUGUAGAAAGUAAUAAUCCUGGUUCAAGCACCAUGCCCACAGCCAAAGUGCGCAAAGUAACCGCUGCACGCCCUGCGCCUGUAUACAAAGGUUUUAAUAGUACUGAGACAAAGAUUAGGACUCCUGAUGGAAGAGUCUGGAAGGAGGAACAGUUCCAUAACCUCAGCAGAGAAAUAUAUAGAGACCUAUCACGGCAGUUGGCUGAGAGCACCAGACAUCAACAGCAGACAGAUCAGAGAGCAGAAAGGUCCAAGGAGAAGAGGUCAUCCAAACCAGUCAGGAAGGUUCAUAGAGUUGCCCCUGUCUCUGACCUACAUUCAAAACCAGUAAUUAGCCCUGCAUCAUGGCGGGAGGGCCAGAAGCUGGUACAGAUGGUACUUGGUCCAGUUCCUAAGCUGGACAGAAAGGACCACAGAUCCCAUUCCAGUGACAGACAUGGUAAAACAGCUUCCUCUCACUGCUCGGAUCCACAUACAUACUCAAGCAGACAUGGCACAGAAAGGCCACACAAUGGAUUUCAGGGGCAACCUACAGGCCAGCUUUCAACCACAUGUAUGUCCUUGUCUGAAGCUCAGGAUGCAUUACCAUUGGGAGUAAGCACUGACUUGUUGUCAGCAGACAUCAAGGGCAUACUUGAUGACCUUCAGUUGGAUUGCAAAACAGCUAAGACAGAAGAAAGGGCCCGUAAAAGGUCUCGUGGUGGCAGUAGUAGCAGAAGAGGGAGAGAAGGCUCAGGGUCACGAUCCAGGACUCCCGUCUCUGCAUGGGGAACUACCGCGGUAGCAAAUGACUCCUCAAGAGGUUUCCGUAGCGCCAGCCCCACUACACAUCAAUCAGAUACCACCACCAAUGACAGAGUUCACAAGAAACGACACUAUGAUGCAGAUACAGUUCGUCAGUACAUUGCACGACAGCAAGAAGAGCGAAAGAGACGUCACAUAGAGGAGAAACGGGCAAUGAAGGAGGAGGCAGAGAGGAGAAAUCAAAGACUGCAGGAGCUCUACAAGAAGCAAAGAGAAGUUGCUAAAACUGUGGCCCCUAUCACCGAGGCCACUGUGGUGCCAGUCCAAAAGCGACUACAGGAGACUUACACCAAACUGCUGAUGGAGGAGACACAGCUUAGCGAGGAAGCCCUACAGACAGAACAGGCUGGUUCUUCUAUUCAAAGGAGACCCAUGUACCAGCCUUCAGGAGAGUCGGACAAGGAGAACAAAAAACUAGAGGCCCCACAGAGUCCCUCAAGCAGUGAUAGAUCAUUGAAUGAUCAGCCACCCCCUCCAUUAUCCAGGAAUGACCUGGAUGUAGGAGUUGCCUCUUUCCUCCAGCCAGACCAUCUGUACGGAGCUGUUCAAUCUCCAGCUGGUCCCAGCAGUAAUGCCCGAGCACCUUCUAAUGAACACCUCUUUUCUCAGCUUUUAAGGCUGGAGGCAGCAGUAGCUGCUAGUAACCUCAAGUAUAGUGGUAGGCCAGCCACAGCUCCUUCCAACAGGUUGCAGUCCAAAAUGUCCCGCAUUGAGGCCCUCAAGGCCACAGCAACAUCCCUCUCCAACCGCAUUGAAAAUGAGGCACAGAAGUUUGCUGGAAGGGGCAUCAACUACGGUGCAGCAACAUCAAUGGAUGUUGAUACUGUUUUGGCUCCUAGAACCUCUAAUCGUUAUGUUCAGCACUGGUUGGAAACAGAUGCUAAUGCCACAGAAAAUGAUGACAUGACUCAGAGGAUCCAGAGGAUUAUGACAGGUACAGAUCAUCGUUCAUACAGUGGCACAGCUUUUCCAGGAGCAGGCAAUCUGUAUGACUUAAAGGAAAAGAAAGAAAAGACACAUGGCAGUUUUAAUCCACAAACAGUUUCUGCUGACAUUAAAGGACCUAUACUGAACACAUACGCACAAGAGAGGAAGAGGAUAGUCAGUGGCCUGGAAGUAGAAGAAAGAACAGAUAAAGCAGCAGUAAGGAUCAAAAAUAAGGAGGAGAAUUGUGCAGAUCUCCAUGAAUCAAGUGCUGGUUCCAUUAGUGAGGGCCCUCUUCUAAGUGAAGGCAGUUUUUCUGAAGUUGAGGCAAGUCCUCCUCAUCACUCCAACAAUUCUGUACCUGGACCUUAUCACCUGGAGGUAGUGGACUACAGUGUAAAUCAAAGAAAGGAUCAACAACGGCUGCUGGAGUUCCAGAGGGAAGCAGCAAUGUGCUCAGCUCUGAACCCACCAUUUUCACAGCUCGAUAGUAGCAAAACACCCUGGGAAGAGCUGAACAAAGGGAGCCCACUAAGUGUAAUCAACAUAUUUACUAAAAAUCUUCAUGAGCAUGUUAAAGUGAAUGAGAGAAACUCUGAGAGGAGUUCUCCUCCAGCUCAUCCUUUGCGUACUGGAAAUGAUCCUGAAAAUGUAGCAGUAUACGAAGAUGACAUUGUUUCAUACCAUAGCAGCAAAGUCAGUGACCAGUUAAAAAGAGGGUCAAACUCUCCCAGUCACUUUGAGGAGCUGAUGAGAAGGUCUCCAUUUGAAAAAAGUACAGUAGGCAUCAAUUCCCACCAUUCACCUUUUCACUCAUCCAAUCACUCGCAACAUAUUUCCUCUGGUUCAACAUCUGGCUCCUCGCCUCUUUCCAGACACUCCUCCAGAAAAAGGGGUACUACAUCAGAUCAGAGUGAUGCCACUCUUGUAGAGGAGCAGAGGAGCUCUUGCUCCCCUCUUUCAGAAGCUCUUUCCUCGGAAUCCAGAAAGAGAAGUUCAGACAAAAGCUCUGUUCACAACCAAACCAAAAGUGUCCACUCAAAUGACAUUUUAGGUGAAAGUUCAGAACAUUCUCCUCAAAGUGGUUCUUCUCCACGAGCAGAUUCUCUCAGUGAACCUGUGAGAAGUAGCUCUAUGGGUGCAAAUAACCCAAACCCUGGCACCUCUGCUUCCUCUUUUAGACCAGAGACUAAGUCCACAGGUGGGCUCCAGUAUUCACCUGCUGUUUUGCAGCAGCGUAUGGUAGUAGAACUUCAGUACUUGGAAUCCAUUGAGGAGUCUAUUAAGCAGCUGGGGGAUGUCGAGAGGCUAAUGGGUGUGUCCAUGGCACAACAGGAGACUUCUUCACUGGCCCAAAUGCUCAAGGCCAAGCAGCACCGCCAUGAGCGUGACCUCUAUGACUUAAAGAUUAAGGCUGAAAGAGAAGCUCUCGAAACAAAGCUCCAACUGGAAGAAAACAGACAGAGAGUAGCCAGGGCUCAUAUAGAAUUGCAGGAAAACUUGGCAGCAUCUCAAAAAGAGACUUUGGAAACUCUCCAGGAAUCAACUACUAAGAUGAUGAGCCAACAGGCUGAGGCAGCACGGCACACAGCGGAUGCUGCCCGACACAUUAAGGAGAUGACAGAAUUGGCACGGUCCCAGGUAGCAGGAGCCAUGAUUGUCCCUCCUGUUACAUCUGUUUCUGCCAUGUUGGACCAGCAGGACAAACAGGAAAGCUGCUACACUAAACGACAAGAGGACAAACCUGAUUCUGACAGUGAGGUUUCAAGCAGAAGGGCCAGGUCAGAAGAACCCCUUUCUUCACUGAACAGCCUGAGUCAGUCAGACUCAUUAUCCUUCAGAAGACCCCAUCUCAGUGAUGCUGCCUCCAGCAGCAGCCUCCAGAGCCCAUCACAUGCAUCGUCAGGCUGCAGAGAACGGACAACAAAAGAGGUAGAAGAGGCUAAACAAAGGAACGUGAGAGCUGAGGAGAGGCUUGAGAGAGAAGCAGCCAGCAGCUCAAUUGAAGAGGACAUUCCAAGAGUAGCAAAUGAUUCUCUCUGCAGCGACAGCAUCCCCUCUAUAGUGGAUGAGAAAGGAGAGACUACAUCAGUGGCAACAGAAUACUCCCUCAAGUUUGAUGAAUCUAUGACAGAGGAUGAGAUAGAGGAACGCUCCUUCCGUUCUCUCUUGCCAUCUGAGGCACAUCGCCGUGGAACUAUGGAGAAGAAAUCCCGCCACCAAGAGGAAUCAGAGGAUGAUGGAUCCAGUCACAAUGCAACAUUGGUGUCAGGAACAGGGAUCCACAAUGCCAUUAAGUCGCAAGAUGUGCACAUAGCCUUUUCUGGUGGACAGGACAGCUUUUCCCAGUUCACUAUGGACAUGGUGCGUCAGUAUAUGAAAGAUGAGGAGGCAAGACUACAGCACCAGAGCUCUCUGCUGCAUCUUCGCCAGAAAGCACUCAAGGAAAAGACCAGAACGGAGCUGGCCUGGCUUGAGCUCCAGAAAAAGAAGCUCAGAGACAAGGGCAAGGAUGAUAAAAUGCCACCAAUCAGGAAGAAGCAGAGGGGCCUUCUGAUUAAACUACAGCAGGAGCAGGCUGAGAUCAAGCGACUCCAGGAAGCCAACAAAGCAGCAAGAAAAGAGAGGCGGCAGUUGCUGAAGCAGCAGGAGGAAAUUGAGCGGAUGAGGAACUCAACACUCAGACUAAAAGAACGACUUAAAUGCGCUGAGGGUGAAGCUGCAUCUGAAACUCCAGUGUCUGAACCUCCUGAGUCUGAACCUGCUGCUAAUGUGAGACUUGCUGAAGAUAUCCGCAGUCCUUCUCCCUCACUCUCAAUCUCUGGAAGUGAAACCAGCAGCAUCAUGCAGAAGCUUAAGAAAAUGCGCUCUCACAUGGAUGAAAAACACUGUUCUCCUGUCCACUACUUCUUCUCUGUGUUCACGGCCCACCACUGGGCCUCCCUCAGUGUCUGUCUUCCCAACCUCCACCCUAAAUUCCAGCUCUUUAUCUACAACCAGUUGUUCAGGUUCCUGACCAAGCGAGAGCAGCAGCUUAUGCAGAGGCGUCAUCAUGCUGAAGAGCUCUUACAGUGGAAACGACGGCUGGACCAGGAGGAGGCAGAAGUCCGUAGAAUUGAGAAAAAGGCUUUGGCUGCAUGGGACCGGAAAAGACCUAUGGACAAGAAUCUAUCAGAAAGUCAAGACAAAGACAUCUCUGAAAUGAGCUUGCAACCCAGUCACCAUCACAGCUCAGAGCUCAGAGUUGACAGUGAGAAAGAGCUUGUGAGUGAGGGCGAUUGUUCUUCAGUCACACCAGAGUCCAGUAUACACACUGAGGGACUGGACUCUCAGCAGUUAGAAAGUCCCACCUCAGCACGACCUGCUUCAGUCUCUGAAACACCUUUGGCUUCAGUCCAAAGCAGCCCUGCAAAUUACACCCAGGACUUUACCUCAGUGUCACAACCAACUAGUAGAAAAUCCUCUCCCCUCAAAGGCAGCCUCAGCUCUGUUGCCUCUCCUUCAGAUGGCAGCAGUAAAACCAAGAUGCAGCUCUGCUCCACCUCCAGGGCAACCAGUGAGGUUUUCGCUCAGCCUCCUGACCCUCCCAUGGCCAUGUUGUCUGAAACAACUUCAGACCAGAGUGACAUUGAGAGUCGUAUUAGGGCUCUGAGAGAAGAGCUCAGAAAACGAAAGUGUAUGGCUAACCAGCUGAAGAAAGAGCAGAAGAAGCGUCACAAGGAGCGCUUGAAGGCACAGGAGGCAAGCCUAUUGAAACAACUGGAGAACUAUAACAACUUUAUUGAGAAAACUAAGGCAGAACUGAACAAGGAACCAGAAUCGACACCUGAUGCCAACUCGCAGAUCAAAGAUUCCAGCUCCAUUUUAGAGCAGUCUUCUGUCAAACCAUCUCCACACAGGGCUGAUACUAGUAAAAGCUCUCACUCUGAAAGGACCCUCAUUGAUGAAUCAUUAAAUCACAGUGCUUUUCCUCAGCAAGAUCACAACAGUUCUACCUCUGUGCCUAAAGGCCUGUCUGAUAAAGAGCCUUUAACUACAACAGUGACUGGUGAAUCACAGUGUGCUACCCCAGGACAACGAAGCCACCAAUCACCAGAGAUCCCUCUAAGGCCUUUGUCUAUGGCAGAGUCUGGGGAUUUCAAAGCUGUGUCUGAUAAUAGAUCUGAUGUUCAGGAGGAGCUGGAACUGGAAGUAAGCUCCAGGUUUGAGGAUGAGCAUUCUCAACAUCUUCUGAAACUUGAGAAGCAGGACAGACUUGAUUCCCAGGAGAGGUUGUCCACAUCUGAACAUGUUCCCUCUCUUGUGGACCAAGAACACCAGCAUUCUUCUUCUGUUAGCCUAGAAGAGGAUAAACAAAUUAAGUCCAGUAAAAUAUCUGAAGUGGAUGAAGAUGUUGCUUCACAUAUUCCCACCUCUGGUCAACCUCAUUCAGCUGGAGAGAACUUGGAAACUUCUCCACGUCCAAGCUAUGACUUUACACCCAGCAACCGCUCCUGCUCCCCGGAUCUAGCCACCAUCCCUUCAAAUAAGGAAGCACCUACAAAGGAUGUAGAGAUUCCUCUUGUAACAGAUGGGUAUCAUGAUGACUUUGAGUCAACAGAUUCUUCACCCAGAGAGGAGCAUCAGAAUUCUAAGCCCCUUACCUCUACUGAAACAAAGGUUUCAAAAAGGGACUCUUGUAGCAGAGCCCCCACAUCUGAUAGCCAAGAUGAAGUGGUAGAGGAGGAAAUAGCUGAGGAACUGAGUAAACAUUCUGAUGUGAGUGAACAUAGCCACCAAUCUGGAAGACUACUAGAUCUCUAUCAGCACAAGGAAGAUUUAAAACAUGACAAGAGCAUUAAUUCCAACCAAACAUCUCCCACCUCCCCUCUGCAGACCCCUCAAUCUCCUGCUGUAGAUGAAAUGCCAAGUUUUAACAUUGGUGAUCGAGUUCUUGUUGGUGGUGUUCAGCCUGGCACCCUGAGAUUCAAAGGUCUAACCAGUUUUGCCAACGGCUUCUGGGCAGGCCUGGAGUUAGAUAAGUCUGAGGGGAGCAACAACGGCACUUAUGAUGGGGUGAUAUACUUUGAGUGUAAGGACCGCCACGGCAUCUUUGCUCCUCCAGACAAAAUUUCACACCUUCCAGACAAGUUUGAGCUCUACACAGAUACCACAGAGGAUGAAGAUUCAUUCUUUGAUGACUUGCCUGAUAAGGGUGGGAAUAAACACACAAAAAGUGAAGACAGUUCCCAAAAACAAGGAAAUCUGGAAAGCAAAAACGAGCAAAUUUCUCAUAAAGACACGGAAUCUGGAGAUAAGAUGAUGGAUGAGGAGAACCAGGUUCCAUUUAAGGACAGAUCCUACCUUAAUUCACAGCAUCACAAAGAAUCCAGGCAUCCAGUUUCUAAUGGCAAAGCUAGGGACAUCAUUUUGGAUUGUGCAGACACGCCACAAACUUUCUUCAUUUCUGACGCAGAUAAAAUAGAGUUGGUGAAGCAGGCUAACAAGGAGGCAGCAACCCUCUUUGAGAGAGAGGACAUAAAUUCUCAACAGCACUUUACUCCUGCUGAGCUUACCACUGUAAUCAAGUAUGGUGGGGAAGAACAGAAGGACGGAGAUUUGCUGGACACAUGUGCAGACAAGCUUCUCAACAAUUUUGUGAAAGACACUGUUAAACAGUUUACUGAAAUAAAAAAGGUUAAAGAAGAGAAGAUUAGAGCUGCCAACCAGAUGAAUGGAUGGAUGUUGACUGUCAGUGAUGAAGAGGAAACAUGGAUCACUUCAGUGGAACAAAAAGAUGGUCUACCCUUCUUUCUACAAGCUGAAAAAGAGGAGCUGUCCUCCCCAGAACUGUGUAACCGACCAGAGAGUCCAGUGUUUGGAGCCAGUGGUCAAGAAGAGCUUGCCAAGCGACUAGCAGAGUUGGAACUAAGCCGUGAGCUCUUAGAUGAGCUAGGUGAUGAUCAGGACUGGUUUGAUGAGGACUUUGGACUCAGCUCACGUAGAGAACAGCAGAGACUAAAACAGAAAGAAGAGGAGGUAAAACUGGAUGGUGAACCUGUGAGGUCUGCCUUAUCAGCCAGACCCCCAAUGGGGGGGAUGGUUUCAUCAUUAGGUGGGGAACCACAGGUAAAAACUCCACCUCGACCUGAGCUACCCCUCCCCUUGCCUCCAAAACUACCUGAGCAGCCUGCCAUGGUGGUUCCCCACUCAGCCACAGAAGUCAAGAAAAUGGUCCACGCUGCCACAAAGGAGAUCUGGGAGACCUGUGAUCUGGGGAAGGAGGGAGCUCUGACGUUUGCACGACUGCCAAAACCUACACCUUCACUUGAGUACAUUGGGAAAGAGUUUAGAAGCCAGGACCAAGAGGAUCUCUCCAUCCGCAGUUACAGAAAGGCUGUGUAUGACCUGACAUGGGAGAUACUACAGGACAUCUAUGCUGAAGACCCCAAUACUGAUCAACCUCAGUGGGUCAAACCGCGUCGAGUCAAGUCCUCCUCAAUUCACAAAGUAAAGACGUCGGGAGACAUGGACAAAAUCCAGGAAUUUGUCACAGCAGAAGUACUGAAACUUUAUGGUCUGACACAAGUUCAGAACCAGAAGACAGACUGGCAGAAGAUGCUCAAGUUUGGCAGGAAGAAGCGCGACAGAGUCGAUCACAUACUGGUUCAUGAGCUCCACGAAGAAGAAGCUCAGUGGGUCAACUAUGACGAGGAUGAGCUGUUUGUCAAGAUGCAGCUGGCAGACAGCAUCUUUCACGCUUUGGUGAAAGACACUUUGAAUGUGUUCACACUUAUUUCUGAAAAGAGAACAAAAAGAGGCACCCCCUCCUGAUGUCUUCAACUUUAAACUCCUACUUCUUCCUUAAUCCCAGUCUUUCUUCGCCAUAUUGAACUCCAAACAACAUAAGACCCCUAUUACCCCCCACCGGCUCAUGUGCCAACAGCGACCCUUGGAUGCCUUCAGUCCCAGUAUUAACUGUCAGCUUCAAUGACUUUUGUCCUUGACAUUUAUUUGCUGAAUUUGUUUCAGCAAACUGCAGUGAUGAUUGAAUUUAUUUAACACACAAAACACCUCUUAAACAAUCCAGCCUUGCUGUAUCUUUACACCAUCUGGUCUCAGUUCUCGCUUCCUGGACUGGUCAUUUUGUAGCUACCAGUUAGAGAAUGAGUGGGUGUGUUGACGGGAUGGACUAUGCCAUUUGUAAGCAUGGGAAAGGCCAUAAAUGCUGCUAAACGUGUUGCUCCACAUGGAACAGCAGGGGAUUGUUAAAUUUAAUCUUGACUCAAAAGAUUCAUAAUCAUAACGGAGGAGUUAGAUGAUGAAAAUACAGUGCAGCCUGUACUUUUGCCUUCAAGGGAAACUAUUUAAAUUGCUGUCUGGACUUGGACAAAGACAACAUGUGAAGCCAGCUGACCUUUGCAGUCAGUAAAGAAUUUUAACUUUUUGGCUCUACAAGACAGUGUUUGUUUGUUUUUUCUUUAAAUAGAUCUAGCAUCAUUAUCUUGCUGAAUUGUCUAGAACUAUGCUGAAAUAAAAUUGAAAAGAUUUCACACAAAAUUCCUUCUAAAACCCUAAAUUGUCUUUGAGCCGAUCUAACCAGGCUGCACUGUAUGACAUUCAGAUUUAUGAAAAAAAGAAAAAAAUAUUUAUGAUGUGAAAAUGUUUGGUUAAAGGAGAAAAGAACGUUAAGAAUUGUAAAUUAU